AUACAGUGACUCGAUACUGCAGUCUCUUAUCGCACGCCCUUCUUUUCGCUUCACAACGCUCCUUCGCCUUACAUUUGCCCAGUCUCCCGGCCGUUCGUUUCGCCUUGAGAGACUCUCCCUCCCACCUCUCCUAUCCGCAAUUUCCCAUUCUAUAACCACGUUUACCAUAUGAGCCCGACUUUAGAUCGGCCUCACUGUAUCUUCCUCCUCUCCUCCUAUCUCUGCUACUGGCCUGAGACCUGACCCUGGGAGCGGAAUUCCCCUGGAUUAUGGGUACCACGACGAUGCCCAACGACACCAUGGAUCGCAUUGAAUGUUCUGCCAUUUACAUCGAUCAUCGCGUCCGAUCAGAGCGGUGGGUUGAUCACAAUACACAGGACCCUGUGGCGGACCCGGAUUCACAAGCCCUCCUGCUUGAAGAGCCGGAGUCUCUUCGGUCGGACGUUCAAGUGCUACUGGGGGUCUGUAAACGUAUCUAUCUAUGUCAAGCCGGCGCAUCGAUUGCAACCAAACUGGCUGAGUUGAGCGACGGCGCGGGUAGCAAAUGCAUGCCGAUUUUCGCAUUUUUCGACAUAGAUUUGCACGGAGAAGAGCCGACCCUACAUCGCCGCCGAGCGAGCCGUGGCUCCUGGGCGGACGUAUCCCCUCCCUCGCCCGCCUCGCUGCGUCGCGGAUUCACCUUUUCCUCAAACUGGGAAGGAGCAUACGAUCUGAAACUCCUCUCAGGACUGUCAACCGAUAUUCAGGUGCAGGAGUUGCCCAAUUUGAUCGUGCCCGUUGCCAUCCUGCGCCCCCCCUCGGGCGAUCUUACCAGUUCCCCUACCGACCAACCACUCACUAUACCCACCCUUCCCGACCCUCAGCACAUCUCCAAGUGCCUGGACGCCGGCGCCGUCGAUGUUCUUGUAACCCCGCUUGACAGCUGUCGAGCCCAAGCUCUUGUUGUUCAUGCUUACCGGACCCGUAAAACUGCUUUGCGAGAAUCCGCGCGCUUUCUGUCGAGAAAGAAAACGCGAAAACAUUCGUGGGUCGGUGUGCACGAUGAGCAACCCUAUGCAUACCUGCGAGAGGCGAUGGUUUCCAAGCUUAUGAAAGGCAUAUGCAAUCCGGAAGAGGUCAUUGAAGAAUUUCAAGAUCGCGAAUUAGAUGUUCGCGCGGAGCGCGCAGAGCUAGUUAGAGAACAGAUCGGCCAAUGGGGCUUCACUGCCCAUGGUUUCUCAGAUGAUGAGCUGGUCUUGGGAGCAUUUGAAAUGCUCCAACAUGCUUUAAAAGUUCCCGAGCUCGGAGAGUGGCAACUAACACCAAGUGAGAUCCGGACAUUCCUCCUUGCCUGUCGCGCCUCGUAUAACUCCUUUGUCCUGUACCACAAUUUUCGUCAUGCCAUAGACGUUCUGCAAUCGGUUUUCUGCUUUCUACUCCAUAUAGGCGCGCUGCCACCUUAUCGAUCCAUCGGCCCGGCCACGGGCGAAAAAUCUCCGAUGGCAUCCCUGCUCACGCCGUUUGACACCCUGACAUUACUGAUAUCCGCGAUUGGUCAUGAUGUCGGCCACCCGGGCGUGAACAACUUUUUCCUAGUAAAGCUGAACGCUCCGUUGGCGCAGCUUUACAAUGACAACUCCGUGCUAGAGGCGUUCCACUGCGCCGCAUUUUCCCAGAUCCUGCGCCGAUAUUGGCCGGCCGCUUUCAAAGACCGCCAGCUGCGCAAACUUCUGAUCAGCUCCAUCCUGGCGACCGAUAUGGGUGUCCAUCAGAAAUUCAUGGAGAGGCUGGGCUCGUUGCAGGAGCGGUUUCAUGAAAAUGAUUGCACAACGGACGGGUGGAAGCCACAGGACCUGGAGCUGUACAAGACCCUGGUGUGCGGUCUGCUGAUCAAAUGUGCCGACAUCAGCAAUGUUGCGCGCCCGUGGGAUGUUGCAGAAAAGUGGACCCAGAUACUACAGGAGGAGUUCGCCAAUCAAGGGGAAAUGGAGAAAGAGGUAGGCAUGGAAACAGCCUUGUUUGGCGGGCCUCCAGAGCUCGGGAACAUUUACAAACUUGCCACCGGCCAGAUCGGCUUCAUGUCGAUCUUUGCGCUCCCCCUAUUCGAGGGGGUCUCGGAUAUUCUCCCCGAUUUGAAGUUCACGGUGGAUCAUAUCCGGGGAAACCAGUUCAGGUGGCACAUGCUUGCCGAUCGGGAGAAGAGCAGACAAACACAGCUCACUGAUCUGCGUCCGGAUGAGGUGGUUUCUCCGCGGACGCAGAGUCCGAUUCGAAGUGUGAAGGGGUUGCGCGCUCCGGUGGCAACUGGUGGGCCAAACACGCUGGUCAAGCCCUCCUUUCCUACUCGUGAGCCGAAUGAGACCCCGGACGACUAUUUUGGGGCCGUGCAUUCGCCCGUGAACUCGGAUGAGCCACCCGGUGAUUACAACGAGAACAACAUUAGCCCAGUGGUAUCACCGGAUACCCCCGGUCCUUCCAUGGACAUCACGGGAAGCUCAUUUCCCACGGAAAUAGAGUCAUGCAAAUCAUCUGGUGCUGUACCGGAUCAUGCAACGGUAUCCACUCCUGGAGAAUCCCGCACUAGUAGUCAUGACUUCUCCACGCCUUCGGCCCGACCGAGUGGGAUAUUCGACGGCUCCACGGACACCAACCGCUCGUCGACCGACCCGACCGUGAUGGCCGCGGUUGUCCUGGCCAACUCGUCUGCCACGAAUGGCGGUGCGUCUGGCCCGUCUAGUGCCCGCAACAGCUCGAUUGAAGGCGCGUCGGAACGACCAAGCAGUUCGCGGCAAGCGCCCACCGGGUGUCGCCGUCGCCAUGCGAAUACGGGCUCAUCGGGGCGCACGUCGGGAUUGUCGAGCUCUCAACGGAACAGCUGCACUCGGACCCACAGCGUCAGCACUUACAGCAACAACAUGACUCCUAUCUCCCCGGCUACCAAUGCGACUAGCUUCCUGACGGUGGACAGCGACGAGAAAGGAUUCGCCCGGGAAAGUGUCAGCCGGAGUGACAAUGAAGAAUGGAGCCGGGCGAACAUCCGUCCGGCCACAUCCAAUCACGAGUCGACCGGCACCGUCUACCCGGUCAACCGUCGCGCAUCCGACCCCCACACGUACGAUGCGGGGAGCAAGCAUGUCGCAUCGCCGGUCGGGAAUGGCACCGGCAGCUCUGGGCAAUCGACGAUGACGGCGGGCAGCUCCAAACACGAUGGCCGAGGCCGUCCGUGGGGCGAGCCCGGCGAGCGUCACUCGAGCCCGUUCAAACUGGUAAAGCGUCGGAGUCGGCUCCGACUGGCAUUUUGGCGACGCAAGCCGCAUCAUUCGCACCAGCAUGAGCUGAGUGGCGAGACUUGAAACGAUCUUCUGCUUCUUUGGCGUUAUUCUGCGAUUUGAUUUCACGGUGUUCAUGGAAAA